CACCAACAGGAACAAAGUUUAAGCUGUCUUAACAACCCAACCCGGCCGGAAACGACCAGACCGGAUUGAGUGUCCGGGCACUGUGCCAAAUAAAUCUCGGCACCAGCAGCACACGCAAGGAUCAAGAUCCCUUCCCUCUUCCGGACUCCACUGCGUCGCCUUCCCCUUCACCCCAAAGGCACCAACCAGUGGCAGGAGGAGGAGGAGGAGGUGGAGCUGGGCAUCAGGAACCAAGGAAUCUAGAGAGAGGAGAAAGACGGUGACUUGCUCUGCACAAAAGUGAGAGCAGCAGCUGCUGGAGGAGCAGACGAGGGACCAUUUCUUGGUGCGACCAUGAGGUUUCAGAGAGGAAGCAGCAAUAGGGACUUAAGCCUACUGAGGUGAGAGAACCUUCAUCCCAGGUUGUAGAGAGAGGAGACGGAGCAAUUUAGCAAGAGAUAGAUACAGAGAGAAGAUGAGCUUUAACAAGAGCAGGGGAGGGGGAUUAGGAGGAGUCGGAGGAGAGGAGCUGGUGCUGAGAGGCACCAUCUCCAAGAAAUGGACCUUCCUGCUCUGCCUCGGCAGCUUCUGCAUCGGCCUGCUCUUCACAAACAGAAUGUGGACGAUGCCGGAACCGAAAGAAAUCAUCAGGAGGUCGACACUCGAAGUGGAAAAGAUGAAUCUUGUCGCUGGUGACUGUGCUCCGAAAAGCAUCGGCGAUGUAAAGGAAGUUCCUGGUGAGGUCGCAAGAACUCAAGAUGCUAUACAGACACUGGACAAAACAAUAUCAAACCUCGAAAUGGAGCUAGCAUCUGCGAAGGCGACACAGGAAUCCAUCCUCAAUGGCGCGCCGUUAUCGGAUUCAACAGGGAAACGGAAAUACUUCAUGGUCAUUGGCAUAAACACCGCGUUCAGCAGCCGGAAACGAAGAGAUUCAGUUCGUGCUACAUGGAUGCCUCAAGGAGAGAAAAGAAGAAAAAUGGAGGAAGAGAAGGGCAUUAUCAUUCGGUUUGUCAUCGGUCAUAGUGCGACAUCUGGCGGUAUACUUGAUAGAGCAAUUGAUGCAGAAGACAGGAAACAUGGGGAUUUCAUGAGACUGGACCAUGUUGAAGGGUACCUGGAACUGGCAGCAAAGACCAAAUCGUACUUCGCCACGGCGGUGUCCAUGUGGGACGCAGAGUACUUCAUCAAGGUCGACGAUGAUGUACAUGUAAAUAUAGCAACUCUUGGAAACACCCUAGCGAGACACCGUUCCAAGCCUAGAGUUUACAUCGGCUGCAUGAAAUCCGGUCCAGUCCUGGCUCAGAAAGGUGUGAGAUACCACGAGCCCGAGUACUGGAAAUUUGGUGAGUGGGGAAAUAAGUACUUCAGACACGCAACCGGUCAGCUGUACGCCAUCUCUAAGGAUCUGGCCUCCUACAUAGCACUCAACAAGCACGUCCUGCACAAAUAUGCUAAUGAGGAUGUAUCUCUAGGAGCCUGGUUCAUCGGAUUAGACGUUGAGCACGUCGAUGAUCGUCGUCUUUGCUGCGGCACUCCACCCGACUGCGAAUGGAAGGCACAGGCAGGCAACGCGUGUGUUGCCUCGUUCGACUGGAGCUGUAGCGGCAUCUGCAAAUCUGCCGAUCGGAUUAAGGAAGUCCACCAGCGCUGCGCUGAGAGUGAGAACGCUAUCUGGAAUGCAAAGUUCUAAACUGAAGAGUGUUCAGAGACAUUUCACUCCUUAAAAGGAAAUCACAUAGAUACAUAUAUACAAAGCCACGUACGGUUCAACAGAGUGAGAGACAGAAGAUGGUGACGACCAGUUAGUUCAUUGAUUGCAAGCUCAGAGUGCAUAUCGAGAGCAUGAGAAGAUCCAGAGAACAAUGUACACUCAGGUGUACAUGCAUGACCAACAGGAGGAGCAUUUCUUCUUCUUGGGAGUUUGGUGUUUUGAUUUAGGAAUUGGAUUAUUGUAUGGGAACUUUUCGGUUUGGGUGCUUGAAAAGAUCCUGGGGUUUACGCAUAAAGAGAAGUUAGGAGAGAAGAGAGGAGGAUGAAGAAGAGAAUGAAAGGAGAGGGAGAGAGGGCUUCUCCCCCCACCAUUCUUGGGAAGAUCCUCAUUGGUAUUACUGUUUGGUUUCAAAUAACAUAAUAAAUCUACUUCUCUCCUUGCUAGU